AGACUGAAAGCGGUUGUUUAUUUAAUUGACAAGUUCACUGCUUCUUUAAGCAUCUGGUAAGGUUCAUUAAUUCGAUUCAAAAUACAUGCAUCUCCUUGCGCCAUUAUCACGACUGGAUCUAUCUUCGCAGCGAGGGGAUGGAAUGGAGCGAGCAGGACUGUCAUGUCUAGAAGGGAUACAGCUUUUGUCAACAAAAAAAAAACGUGUUGCAUUUUAGCUAACCCUAACCCUUUUCCUAACCUAACUUAAUUAUCCUAGCCUGCCACGUUAAUUCUCCUAACAUGUUGCGUAAAUUCUCCUAAACCUGCUACGAAAAGUCUAUUUUGACAAAAGCUGUAUCCCUUCUAGCCAAAACCGAGCAGGACCGAUGCACCGGGAGAAUGAGAACCGCCCUGAGCCAAGAGACAGAGGCAUACCUUCAAAACAAGAACAAUUUCAGAUGCCGCCUGCCGCUACCUCUUUCAGCUUCUGACUGUCUCUAGGUAUAAGCCGACAUGUCGCUUCUCCUCCGCUGAAUAGCAACAUAGCUAUCCUUGUCGUUGCACAGACGGGAAUGUCAACUCGGGAAGAUGGUCCGCGUAGCGAGCAUCCUGGGGUUGGUGAUGCUCAGUGUUGCUCUGCUCAUACUCUCAUUGAUCAGCUACGUGUCAAUAAAGAAAGAUUUUCUCUUCACGACCCCCAAAUACGCAAGUUCAGGGAGUUCUCGGAUGUAUAUGUUUCAUACCGGAUUUCGGUCUCAGCUGGCUAUGAAGUACCUGGACCCUGCCUUCACCCCUCUGACCAGAGCCCUGAAUGAGAUCCUCCGGGAUGACACCUCCAAAUGGCGCUAUAACAGAACGGCAUUCACAGAACAUAGAAAAGAGAUCUCUCAACACAUCGACAUCGCCCACAACUUCACCCUGACCCGGAGCAGCGUGCGCGUGGGUCAGCUGAUGCACUAUGACUACUCCAGCCACAAGUACGUCUUCUCCAUUGGUGAGAACUUCAAGUCCCUGCUUCCCGAGGCAUCCCCCAUCGUCAACAAGCACUACAAUGUGUGUGCCGUGGUGGGGAACAGCGGCGUCCUCACAGGGAGUCGCUGUGGUCCCGAGAUCGAGAAGUUUGACUUCGUCUUCCGCUGCAACUUCGCUCCCACGGAGAUCUUCCACCGGGACGUGGGGCGGAGGACCAACCUCACGACCUUUAACCCCAGCAUCCUGGAGAAAUACUACAACAACCUGCUGACCCUCCAGGACAGGAACAACUUCUUCCUGAGUCUGAAGAAGCUGGACAGGGCCAUACUCUGGAUCCCUGCCUUCUUCUUCCAUACCUCGGCCACGGUGACCAGGACACUGGUCGACUUCUUCGUGGAGCACAGAGGACAGCUGAAGGUUCAGCUAGCCUGGCCUGGCAACAUCAUGCAGUACAUAAACCGAUACUGGAAGACCAAGCAGCUGUCACCGAAGCGUCUGAGCACGGGGAUCCUCAUGUACACUCUGGCCUCGUCCAUGUGUGAGGAGAUCCACCUGUACGGCUUCUGGCCCUUUGGCUGGGACCCCAACACGGGCAAGGAGCUGCCCUAUCACUAUUACGACAAGAAGGGUACCAAGUUCACCACCAAGUGGCAGGAGUCCCACCAGCUGCCAGCAGAGUUCAAACUACUCUAUAAAAUGCACACAGAGGGACUUAUCAAACUAACUCUCUCACAUUGUGCCUAGACCUGACUCGACUGGACCGAACCAGACUGGACCGGAGCGAUCUGGACUGGACUUGACUGAACCGGACUGUACAUGGACUAGAUCAGACUAAAAGGCUAAAUCUGGCACAUUAAGUCAUUUUCUGGUUGUAAACUGGUUUUCUGAUUUAAGAAGGUGUUAAAUAACCAGAUUACAACCAAUUGGUCGCUGUUACUCUACAGCCAGGUAUGAAGGUCUUUUUAAUGACGACAUCAAGCAAUAAGGAGAAAGACGUUAUAUUUUGGUUGUUAUCUGGUUAGAUAACCAGAACCAGAUCACAACUAUAUAAAGACGUAUAUAUAUAUAAAGCGGCUAUGCUACAGCGGCUAAGCUACAGCGGCUAUGCUACAGCGGCUAUGCUACAGCGGCUAAACUACAGCGGCUAAACUACAGCGGCUAUAGUACAGCGGCUAUGCUACAGCGGCUAUGCUACAGCGGCUAAACUACAGCGGCUAUAGUACAGCGGCUAUGCUACAGCUGCUAUGCUACAGCUGCUAUGCUACAGCGGCUAUGCUACAGCUGCUAUAGUACAGCGACUAUGCUACAGCGGCUAUGCUACAGCGGCUAUGCUACAGCGGCUAUGCUACAGCGGCUAUGCUACAGCGGCUAAGCUACAGCGGCUAUGCUACAGCGGCUAUGCUACAGCGGCUAUGCUACAGCGGCUAUGCUACAGCGGCUAUGCUACAGCGGCUAUGCUACAGCUGCUAUGCUACAGCGGCUAUGCUACAGCGGCUAUACUACAGUUGCUAUACUACAGCGGCUAUACUACAGCGGCUAUGCUACAGCGGCUAUGCUACAGCGGCUAAGCUACAGCGGCUAUGCUACAGCGGCUAUGCUACAGCGGCUGUGCUACAGCGGCUAUGCUACAGCGGCUAUGCUACAGCGGCUAAGACACAGUAAUAUCAGCCUUUUUUUCUAUAACCUGAGCUCAUCAUUAUAUAUCAGAGCUCUGGUUUAUCUAUGGCACAAUAGAAAUGACAGAAAUAGAGAUUACAGAUUUCCCUGUAUUGUGGUUAUAUAAUGUAUGUACAGUUGCAGCUGGUUAUAUUCUAACCAAGUGGUUUUGGUGAGUAUUUUACAUCAGGUUUUUUUCUCGGGAGAUUUAAGUUGCUGUGGGGUUUUUUGCUUUUUAAGAAUUAAAAUAAUGUUUAACAAAGUAUCACUACCGAUAAUGGAACUAUCAUUUAACAGGCACGAGAAAUGGUUAGCAACCAAAAGGUUGCUAGAGCGAAUCCCCCGAGCUGACAAGGUCAAAAAAAUAUGUCGUUCUGCCCCUGAACAAGACAGUUAACCCACUGUUCCUAGGCUGUUAUUGUAAAUAAGAAUUUGUUCUUAACUAACUUACUUGCCUGGUUAAAUAAAGGUCAAAUGAAAAAUAAAAAAUACAGUAAGUUCAAGAUCUCUACGGUAACUUUGAGAGAGUUGCUGGGGUCUAGGUGGAGCUAGUCUCUCACAUUACUACAUGUUUAUGUACUGUAACUGCUCAGAUGUAUUACUCUGUGUAUAUUACAGUAACUUCUGUUGGCACUUGGAAAGAGGACAUACAUGCAAAGUCCUACUGUAUAUGGUGCUAUGACUGAGAAUAAAUAGACUUCAAUACAAUAAUGGGCUGAUACACUAUACGUGGACACCCCUUCAAAUGAGUGGAUUCGGAUAUUUCAGCCACACCCGUUGCUGACAGGUGUAUAAAAUUUGAGCACACUGCCACGCAAUCUCCAUAGACAAACAUUGCCACUAGAAUGGCAUUCCUGAAGUGUGACUGUCGACAUGGCACCGUCCUACUGUAGGUCAUAAUGGACUUCAAUACGAGACCGGGAUGAUAGCUAGAUCUGCUAUUUAUUGGCUCACGGCAACCAAAAGUAGCCCCAUCAAAUAACCCCUGUGGUUGGAGCACUACAUAUUACCGUAGAAUUUGACUGGUCCACCUAUUGAGAGCCCAGCAAUAUGUAUUUACUAUUCACUGAGUGUACAAAACAAUGGGAACACCUUCCUAAUAUUGAGUUGCACCCCCUUUUUGCCCUCAGAGCAGACUAAAUUCGUCGGGGUAUGGUCUCUACAAGGGGGGCGAAAGCAUUACACUGGGAUGCUGGCUCAUGUUGACUCCAAUGCUUCCCACAUUUGUGUCAAGUUGGCAGGAUGUCUUUUGAGUGGUGGACCAUUCUUGAUACACAUCGGGAAACUGUUGAGUGUGAAAAAUCCAGCAGCGUUGCAGUUCUUGACACAAACCGGUGCACCUACCACCAUACCCUGUUCAAAGGCACUAAAAUCUUUUGUCUUAAGGCGGACAUAAACCAUCCAUGUUUCAUGACUUAAAAAUCCUUAUUUAACCUGUCUCCUCCCCUUCGUCUACACUGAUUGAAGUGGAUUUAACAAGUGACAUUAAUAUUGGAUCAUAGCUUUCACCUGGACAGUCUAUGUCAUGGAAAGGAGCAGGUGUUUUUGUACACACAGUGUAUAUUUACUACCCCAUGGUGGAUGGGGGGUAUUCUGUUUUGAGAUUGAGUGAGGGGUGGUGGUAGCUUGGUUAAACCAGCCUGAAAGUCAUACUAUGGUGUUGCGAUAACCAGGCUGGGAUGGUGUGCGAUGGUGUGCGAUGGUGUGGGAUGGUGUGGGAUGGUGUGCGAUGGUGUGGGAUGGUGUGCGAUGGUGUGGGAUGGUGUGGGAUGGUGUGCGAUGGUGUGGGAUGGUGUGCGAUGGUGUGGGAUGGUGUGCGAUGGUGUAGGAUGGUGUGCGAUGGUGUGGGAUGGUGUGCGAUGGUGUGUGAUGGUGUGCGAUGGUGUGGGAUGAGACAGUAUUACCACUACUGGUUCUAAGAGAACAUUCAGAGUUAUUAUUAUACAAAUGUCGUUAAGAAAACACAACUAUUUUUGUAAUCUAGACUGAUUUCAUAGUGCUAUUUUUCUCUUGGUCUUACAGAGUUUACGUGGCAUUCGUUUGUCCUUGUUGAAAGUUACAUGUUCCUUGUCUGUGGAUGGCUUACCUACAUGAAUAAUUAGAUAUUGUACUUUUAUUGAUAUACAUUUCAGUACAGUAAAGAUAUUACACUACUAGAGUACAGUAAAGUUAUUAGAAUACUACAGUACAGUAAAUAUAUUAGAAUACUACAAUGCAUUAAACUAGCUUUUAUAUUGAUAUACAUUUCAGUACAGUAAAGAUAUUACACUACUAGAGUACAGUAAAGAUAUUACACUACUAGAGUACAGUAAAGAUAUUACACUACUAGAGUACAGUAAAGAUAUUAGAAUACUACAGUACAGUAAAGAUAUUAGAAUACUACUAGAAUACUACAACACAGUAAAGAUAUUAGAAUACUACUACAUUUACAUUUAAGUCAUUUAGCAGACGCUCUUAUCCAGAGCGACUUACAAAUUGAUACAAUAAUACAGUAAACUAGCUUUUAUUGAUAUACAUUUCUAUUAUAUUUCUUUAUAUCAACAUGUCAACCUGAAAUAAUGUUAAUGACAUAGUCAGGUUAGACAGGCUAGACAGACUAGACAGACUAGUCAAGUUCUAUUAUAUGUCUUUAUAUCAACAUAUCAACCUGAAAUAAUGUUAAUGACAUAGAAAUGAAUGAUGACGUAAAGAAUUUGCUAAAAUAUAUAUAUAUAUUUAUUUUUUUGGGGGGGGGAGAGGAUAUUGGGAUGUUUGUUUUUGUAUCUCAUUUCCUUGAUGAAUAUUUGUUUUUAUUACAUUGUUACCGUUUUCAUCGAUGACGUAUCACUGAGUCUGUGUCUUGCUUAAAGAUUGAUACAUUCUCACAGCCUUGGAAUUAGUCGAUCAAAUUCAAAAUCAAUUCAAAUAAGAAUAAUUUUCUGUUUUUAUUUGAACCAAGAACAUUUUUAUUCUGAAAUGAGUGAAUAAUAACCUUAGAACUGCACUACUAGAGUACAGUAAAUAUAUUACACUACUACAGUACAGUAAAUAUAUUACACUACUACAAUACAGUAUACAGUGAUCCCUCGCCACUUCGCGGUUCACUUAUCGCGGAUUCGCUAUUUCGCGGAUUUUCAUAAUGCAUUUUUUUUUUUUUUUGUGCAUUGUGCUCUGCAUUCUGAUUCGCUAAAAACUCAAAAAACAUGGUGGCAUGUCGGUGUACAAGGAUCUUUUUGCAAAGAAGAAAAAAGAGCGACAACAGCUGCCUAUCACUAUGUUCUUCUCCCGAACAAACACACCUGCACCGCGGGCUUCAGAAGAAGAGAACACUGCAGAGCGCAGUCAGGAUGCAGCGGCCCAGUCUGAAGAGCAGUGAAACGGCCUACACGUGAGUCACUGUAUUUGUAUACAUGUAAUAGUUGCUAAUUGUAAAAAAAAAAAAAAGAUUUCUAUUUCGCGGAUUUCACUUAUCGCGGGUCAUUUUCGGAACGUAACCCCCGCGAUAAACGAGGGAUUACUGUAAUAACCAUACAACCUUAGAACUGUACUACUAGAGUACUGUAAAUAUAUUACACUACUACAAUACAGAAUAAUAACCAUACAACCUUGGAACGGUACCACUAGAGUACUGUAAAUAUAUUACACUACUACAAUACAGUAAAUAUAUUACACUACUACAAUACAGUAUAAUAACCAUACAACCUUAGAACUGUACUACUAGAGUACUGUAAAUAUAUUACACUACUACAGUACUGUAAAUAUAUUACACUACUACAGUACUGUAAAUAUAUUACACUACUACAAUACAGUAAAUAUAUUAUACUACUACAAUACAGUAUAAUAACCAUACAACCUUAGAACUGCACUACUAGAGUACUGUAAAUAUAUUACACUACUAGAGUACUGUAAAUAUAUUACACUACUACAAUACAGUAAAUAUAUUACACUACUACAAUACAGUAAAUAUAUUAUACUACUAGAGUACAGUAAAGAUAUUACACUACUACAGUACAGUAAAUAUAUUACACUACUACAAUACAGUAAAUAUAUUAUACUACUACAGUACAGUAAAGAUAUUACACUACUACAAUACAGUAUAAUAACCAUGCAACCUUAGAACUGUACUACUAGAGUACUGUAAAUAUAUUACACUACUACAAUACAGAAUAAUAACCAUACAACCUUGGAACUGUACUACUAGAGUACUGUAAAUAUAUUACACUACUACAAUACAGUAAAUAUAUUACACUACUACAAUACAGUAUAAUAACCAUACAACCUUAGAACUGUACUACUAGAGUACUGUAAAUAUAUUACACUACUACAGUACUGUAAAUCUAUUACACUACUACAAUACAGUAAAUAUAUUACACUACUACAAUACAGUAAAUAUAUUAUACUACUACAAUACAGUAUAAUAACCAUACAACCUUAGAACUGCACUACUAGAGUACUGAAUAUAUAUUACACUACUAGAGUACUGUAAAUAUAUUACACUACUACAAUACAGUAAAUAUGUUAUACUACUAGAGUACAGUAAAGAUAUUACACUACUACAGUACAGUAAAUAUAUUACACUACUACAAUACAGUAAAUAUAUUAUACUACUACAGUACAGUAAAGAUAUUACACUACUACAAUACAGUAUAAUAACCAUGCAACCUUAGAACUGUACUACUAGAGUACAGUAAAUAUAUUACACUACUACAAUACAGUAAAUAUAUUACACUACUACAAUACAGUAAAUAUAUUACACUACUACAGUACAGUAAAUAUAUUACACUACUACAAUACAGUAAAUAUAUUACACUACUAGAGUAAUAACCAUACAACCAUAGAACUGUACUACUAGAGUACUGUAAAUAUAUUACACUACUAGAGUACUGUAAAUAUAUUACACUACUAGAGUACUGUAAAUAUAUUACACUACUACAAUACAGUAAAUAUAUUACACUACUACAAUAUAGUAAAGAUAUUACACUACUACAGUACAGUAAAUAUAUUACACUACUACAGUACAGUAAAUAUAUUACACUACUACAAUACAGUAAAUAUAUUAGAAUACUACAGUACAGUAAAUAUAUUAUACUACUAGAGUACAGUAAAUAUAUUAGAAUACUACAGUACAGUAAAGAUAUUACACUACUACAGUACAGUAAAUAUAUUAGAAUACUACAGUACAGUAAAUAUAUUAUACUACUAGAGUACAGUAAAUAUAUUAGAAUACUACAGUACAGUAAAGAUAUUACACUACUACAAUACAGUAAAUAUAUUACACUACUACAAUACAGUAAAUAUAUUACACUACUACAAUACAGUAAAUAUAUUACACUACUACAAUACAGUAAAUAUAUUACACUACUACAGUACAGUAAAGAUAUUAGAAUACUACAGUACAGUAAAGAUAUUACACUACUACAGUACAGUAAAUAUAUUACACUACUACAAUACAGUAAAUUUAUUACACUACUACAGUACAGUAAAUAUAUUAGAAUACUACAGUACAUUAAAGAUAUUACAAUACUACAGUAGAGUAAAUAUAUUACACUACUAGAGUACAGUAAAGAUAUUAGAAUACUACAGUACAGUAAAUAUAUUACACUACUAGAGUACAGUAAAGAUAUUAGAAUACUACAGUACAGUAAAGAUAUUAGAAUACUACAGUACAGUAAAUAUAGAAUACUACAGUACAGUAAAGAUAUUACACUACUACAGUACAGUAAAUAUAUUAGAAUACUAGAGUACAGUAAAGAUAUUAGAAUACUACAGUACAGUAAAGAUAUUACACUACUACAGUACAGUAAAUAUAUUACACUACUACAAUACAGUAAAUAUAUUACACUACUACAGUACAGUAAAUAUAUUACACUACUAGAGUACAGUAAAUAUAUUACACUACUACAGUACAGUAAAGAUAUUACACUACUACAAUACAGUAAAUAUAUUACACUACUACAAUACAGUAAAUAUAUUACACUACUACAGUACAGUAAAGAUAUUAGAAUACUACAGUACAGUAAAUAUAUUAUACUACUAGAGUACUGUAAAUAUAUUAGAAUACUACAGUACAGUAAAGAUAUUACAAUACUACAGUAGAGUAAAUAUAUUACACUACUAGAGUACAGUAAAGAUAUUAGAAUACUACAGUACAGUAAAUAUAUUACACUACUAGAGUACAGUAAAGAUAUUAGAAUACUACAGUACAGUAAAGAUAUUAGAACACUACAGUACAGUAAAUAUAUUACACUACUACAAUACAGUAAAUAUAUUACACUACUACAGUACAGUAAAGAUAUUAGAAUACUACAGUACAGUAAAGAUAUUACACUACUACAAUACAGUAAAUAUAUUACACUACUACAGUACAGUAAAGAUAUUAGAAUACUACAGUACAGUAAAGAUAUUAGAAUACUACAGUACAGUAAAUAUAUUAGAAUACUACAGUACAGUAAAGAUAUUACACUACUACAGUACAGUAAAUAUAUUAGAAUACUAGAGUACAGUAAAGAUAUUACAAUACUACAGUACAGUAAAUAUAUUACACUACUAGAGUACAGUAAAGAUAUUAGAAUACUACAGUACAGUAAAGAUAUUAGAACACUACAGUACAGUAAAUAUAUUAGAAUACUACAGUACAGUAAAUAUAUUAGAAUACUACAGUACAGUAAAGAUAUUAGAAUACUACAGUACAGUAAAUAUAUUAGAAUACUACAGUACAGUAAAUAUAUUAGAAUACUACAAUACAGUAAAGAUAUUAGACUACUACAGUACAGUAAAUAUAUUACACUACUAGAAUACUGUAAAGAUAUUAGAAUACUACAGUUCAGUAAAAAUAUUAGAAUACUACAGUACAGUAAAUAUAUUAUACUACUAGAGUACUGUAAAUAUAUUAAAAUACUACAGUACAGUAAAGAUAUUAGAAUACUACAGUACAGUAAAGAUAUUAGAACACUACAGUACAGUAAAUAUAUUAGAAUACUACAGUACAGUAAAGAUAUUAGAAUACUACAGUACAGUAAAUAUAUUAGAAUACUAUAGUACAGUAAAUAUAUUAGAAUACUACAAUACAGUAAAGAUAUUAGACUACUACAGUACAGUAAAUAUAUUACACUACUACAGUACAGUAAAGAUAUUAGAAUACUACAGUACAGUAAAGAUAUUACACUACUACAAUACAGUAAAUAUAUUACACUACUACAGUACAGUAAAGAUAUUAGAAUACUACAGUACAGUAAAGAUAUUAGAAUACUACAGUACAGUAAAUAUAUUAGAAUACUACAGUACAGUAAAGAUAUUACACUACUACAGUACAGUAAAUAUAUUACACUACUACAAUACAGUAAAUAUAUUAGAAUACUACAGUACAGUAAAUAUAUUAUACUACUAGAGUACAGUAAAUAUAUUAGAAUACUACAGUACAGUAAAGAUAUUACACUACUACAGUACAGUAAAUAUAUUAGAAUACUACAGUACAGUAAAUAUAUUAUACUACUAGAGUACAGUAAAUAUAUUAGAAUACUACAGUACAGUAAAGAUAUUACACUACUACAAUACAGUAAAUAUAUUACACUACUACAAUACAGUAAAUAUAUUACACUACUACAAUACAGUAAAUAUAUUACACUACUACAAUACAGUAAAUAUAUUACACUACUACAGUACAGUAAAGAUAUUAGAAUACUACAGUACAGUAAAGAUAUUACACUACUACAGUACAGUAAAUAUAUUACACUACUACAAUACAGUAAAUUUAUUACACUACUACAGUACAGUAAAUAUAUUAGAAUACUACAGUACAUUAAAGAUAUUACAAUACUACAGUAGAGUAAAUAUAUUACACUACUAGAGUACAGUAAAGAUAUUAGAAUACUACAGUACAGUAAAUAUAUUACACUACUAGAGUACAGUAAAGAUAUUAGAAUACUACAGUACAGUAAAGAUAUUAGAAUACUACAGUACAGUAAAUAUAGAAUACUACAGUACAGUAAAGAUAUUACACUACUACAGUACAGUAAAUAUAUUAGAAUACUAGAGUACAGUAAAGAUAUUAGAAUACUACAGUACAGUAAAGAUAUUACACUACUACAGUACAGUAAAUAUAUUACACUACUACAAUACAGUAAAUAUAUUACACUACUACAGUACAGUAAAUAUAUUACACUACUAGAGUACAGUAAAUAUAUUACACUACUACAGUACAGUAAAGAUAUUACACUACUACAAUACAGUAAAUAUAUUACACUACUACAAUACAGUAAAUAUAUUACACUACUACAGUACAGUAAAGAUAUUAGAAUACUACAGUACAGUAAAUAUAUUAUACUACUAGAGUACUGUAAAUAUAUUAGAAUACUACAGUACAGUAAAGAUAUUACAAUACUACAGUAGAGUAAAUAUAUUACACUACUAGAGUACAGUAAAGAUAUUAGAAUACUACAGUACAGUAAAUAUAUUACACUACUAGAGUACAGUAAAGAUAUUAGAAUACUACAGUACAGUAAAGAUAUUAGAACACUACAGUACAGUAAAUAUAUUACACUACUACAAUACAGUAAAUAUAUUACACUACUACAGUACAGUAAAGAUAUUAGAAUACUACAGUACAGUAAAGAUAUUACACUACUACAAUACAGUAAAUAUAUUACACUACUACAGUACAGUAAAGAUAUUAGAAUACUACAGUACAGUAAAGAUAUUAGAAUACUACAGUACAGUAAAUAUAUUAGAAUACUACAGUACAGUAAAGAUAUUACACUACUACAGUACAGUAAAUAUAUUAGAAUACUAGAGUACAGUAAAGAUAUUACAAUACUACAGUACAGUAAAUAUAUUACACUACUAGAGUACAGUAAAGAUAUUAGAAUACUACAGUACAGUAAAGAUAUUAGAACACUACAGUACAGUAAAUAUAUUAGAAUACUACAGUACAGUAAAUAUAUUAGAAUACUACAGUACAGUAAAGAUAUUAGAAUACUACAGUACAGUAAAUAUAUUAGAAUACUACAGUACAGUAAAUAUAUUAGAAUACUACAAUACAGUAAAGAUAUUAGACUACUACAGUACAGUAAAUAUAUUACACUACUAGAAUACUGUAAAGAUAUUAGAAUACUACAGUUCAGUAAAAAUAUUAGAAUACUACAGUACAGUAAAUAUAUUAUACUACUAGAGUACUGUAAAUAUAUUAAAAUACUACAGUACAGUAAAGAUAUUAGAAUACUACAGUACAGUAAAGAUAUUAGAACACUACAGUACAGUAAAUAUAUUAGAAUACUACAGUACAGUAAAGAUAUUAGAAUACUACAGUACAGUAAAUAUAUUAGAAUACUAUAGUACAGUAAAUAUAUUAGAAUACUACAAUACAGUAAAGAUAUUAGACUACUACAGUACAGUAAAUAUAUUACACUACUACAGUACAGUAAAGAUAUUAGAAUACUACAGUACAGUAAAGAUAUUACACUACUACAAUACAGUAAAUAUAUUACACUACUACAGUACAGUAAAGAUAUUAGAAUACUACAGUACAGUAAAGAUAUUAGAAUACUACAGUACAGUAAAUAUAUUAGAAUACUACAGUACAGUAAAGAUAUUACACUACUACAGUACAGUAAAUAUAUUAGAAUACUAGAGUACAGUAAAGAUAUUACAAUACUACAGUACAGUAAAUAUAUUACACUACUAGAGUACAGUAAAGAUAUUAGAAUACUACAGUACAGUAAAGAUAUUAGAACACUACAGUACAGUAAAUAUAUUAGAAUACUACAGUACAGUAAAUAUAUUAGAAUACUACAGUACAGUAAAGAUAUUAGAAUACUACAGUACAGUAAAUAUAUUAGAAUACUACAGUACAGUAAAUAUAUUAGAAUACUACAAUACAGUAAAGAUAUUAGACUACUACAGUACAGUAAAUAUAUUACACUACUAGAAUACUGUAAAGAUAUUAGAAUACUACAGUUCAGUAAAAAUAUUAGAAUACUACAGUACAGUAAAUAUAUUAUACUACUAGAGUACUGUAAAUAUAUUAAAAUACUACAGUACAGUAAAGAUAUUAGAAUACUACAGUACAGUAAAGAUAUUAGAACACUACAGUACAGUAAAUAUAUUAGAAUACUACAGUACAGUAAAGAUAUUAGAAUACUACAGUACAGUAAAUAUAUUAGAAUACUAUAGUACAGUAAAUAUAUUAGAAUACUACAAUACAGUAAAGAUAUUAGACUACUACAGUACAGUAAAUAUAUUACACUACUAGAAUACUGUAAAGAUAUUAGAAUACUACAGUACAGUAAAAAUAUUAGAAUACUACAGUACAGUAAAUAUAUUAUACUACUAGAGUACUGUAAAUAUUAGAAUACUACAGUACAGUAAAUAUAUUACACUACUAGAAUACAGUAAAUAUAUUAGAAUACUUCAGUACAGUAAAGGUAUUGGCCAAGACUACUCAGCUUAGAAAGACAGGCUAGUCAGGUUAGACAGACUAGACAGAUUAGACAGGCUGGACAGACUAGACAGGUUAGACAGACUAGACAGACUACUCAGGUUAGACAGACUAGACAGACUAGUCAGGUUAGACAGACUAGACAGGUUAGACAGACUAGACAGGCUGGACAGACUAGACAGGUUAGACAGACUAGACAGACUAGUCAGGUUAGACUGUCUAGACAGACUACUCAGGUUAGACAGACUAGACAGACUAGUCAGGUUAGACAGACUAGUCAAGUUAGACAGACUAGUCAGGUUAGACAGACUAGUCAAGUUAGACAGACUAGUCAGGUUAGACAGACUAGACAGAUUAGACAGGCUAGACAGACUACUCAGGUUAGACAGACUAGACAGAUUAGACAGGCUAGACAGACUACUCAGGUUAGACAGACUAGACAGAUUAGACAGACUAGACAGACUAGACAGACUAGUCAAGUUAGACAGACUAGUCAGGUUAGAUAGACUAGACAUACUAGUCAGGUUAGACAGACUAGACAGGUUAGACAGACUAGACAGACUAGUCAGGUUAGACAGACUAGACAUACUAGUCAGGUUAGACAGACUAGACAGGUUAGACAGACUAGACAGACUAGUCAGGUUAGACAGGCUAGACAGACUAGUCAGGUUAGACUGUCUAGACAGACUACUCAGGUUAGACAGACUAGACAGACUACUCAGGUUAGACAGACUAGACAGACUACUCAGGUUAGACAGACUAGACAGACUAGUCAGGUUAGACAGACUAGUCAGGUUAGACAGACUAGUCAGGUUAGACAGGCUAGUCAGGUUAGACAGACUAGACAGACUAGUCAGGUUAGACAGACUAGUCAGGUUAGACAGACUAGUCAAGUUAGACAGACUACUCAGGUUAGACAGACUAGACAGAUUAGACAGACUAGACAGACUAGUCAAGUUAGACAGACUAGUCAGGUUAGAUAGACUAGACAUACUAGUCAGGUUAGACAGACUAGACAGGUUAGACAGACUAGACAUACUAGUCAGGUUAGACAGACUAGACAUACUAGUCAGGUUAGACAGACUAGUCAGGUUAGACAGACUAGACAGACUAGUCAGGUUAGACAGACUAGACAGACUAGUCAGGUUAGACAGGCUAGACAGACUAGUCAGGUUAGACAGACUAGACAGACUAGUCAGGUUAGACAGGCUAGACAGACUAGUCAGGUUAGACAGACUAGACAGACUAGUCAGGUUAGACAGGCUAGACAGACUACUCAGGUUAGACAGGCUAGACAGACUACUCAGGUUAGACAGACUAGACAGACUAGACAGGCCCUUUGUUGAUGUACUGCUCCUGUUUUCUGUUUAUAUUUAACCCAAUACAGAGAAUAACAUAAGCAAGGCCCUCUCUCUCUCUCUCUCCUCUCGCUCUCCUUUCUCUCUCUCCCUCCCUCUCUCUGUCUCUCUGUCUCUCUCUCUCUCAUUUCUCUCUCUGUCCUUUCUCUCUCCCUCUCUCUCUCCCUCUCUCUCUCGCUUCGUCUAUUUAUUCACUAGCUCCCCUCUGACUUUCACCACAUGGCAUCUGUCCACAGUCCAACACACAAUCAUUAAAGGCUGCUUCAUUGACUAGCUUUUGGAAUCAAUUAUUUUAUAUUCCGUCUGUCUCCUUGACGGAAGAGCUUUUAGGCUUCCCAAACCUCACGGGUUAUGGAAUCCUUCUCCUCUCUAUUCACUAUUCUCUCGUCUUCUCUGCUUGUCUGUGAUGACUCCUUUAUUUUCCUCCCUAAAAGGAAAUGAUCAGUAUAUAGAAUAAGGCCAUAUAGCAAAAAGGCCUCUAUGGAAAUCCCAUAUUAGUGUUGUUUGUGUUGUUUUAACAUAUUAAAUACAAUUUGAGUGUUUAAUCCUACCGCAUUCACACAUGUUUCUGGUUUAUGCGCAAACCCAUGUGAUUUUUUUACCAUUAUUCAACAAGUGGGACAUAAACUGCACAGGAUACAACAGGUGUAAAUCAGUGUAACGGAUGUGAAAUGGCUAGCUAGUUAGCGGGUACGCGCUAGUAGCAUUUCAAUCAGUUACGUCACUUGCUCUGAGACUUUAAGUAGGGUUGCCCCUUGCUCUGCAAGGGCCGCGGCUUUUGUGGAGCGAUGGGUAACGCUGCUUCGUGGGUGACUGUUGUUGAUGUGUGCAGAGGGUCCCUGGUUCGCGCCCGUGUCGGGGCGAGGGGACGGUUUAAAGUUAUACUGUUAACAUUGGUGCCGUGACCCGGAUCACUGGUUGCUGCGGAAAAGGAGGAGGUUGAAAGGGGGGUGAGUGUAACGGAUGUGAAAUGGCUAGCUAGUUAGCGGGUACGCGCUAGUAGCAUUUCAAUCAGUUACGUCACUUGCUCUGAGACUUUAAGUAGGGUUGCCCCUUGCUUUGCAAGGGCCGCGGCUUUUGUGGAGCGAUGGGUAACGCUGCUUCGUGGGUGACCGUUGUUGAUGUGUGCAGAGGGUCCCUGGUUCGCGCCCGUGUCGGGGCGAGGGGACGACGUAAAGUUAUACUGUUACAUCAGUACAGUGAAAUUAUUACCUUGAGAGCUCUUUCCCAACAAUGCAGUGACGAUGAUAAUAAUAAUAAUAAUAAUAUAGAUAAUAAUAAUAUAGAUAAUAUAGAAAGCAGUAAUAAUAGUAAUAUAGAUAAUUUAGAAAUAAUAAUAGAAAAUUAAGAAUGAAAAACCAUCACAAGAACUACGGCGAGAGUUAAAUGAACAGGAGAAGGCAAGUCUAUACAGGUCAGUGCCAGUCCCUUAUUCAACGUGCAGGGGUACCAGAGUGGUCGAUGUGGGUUUAUACAUAUAAAGUGACUGGUAAUGGAAAUAUAUAUAUUUAUGACUGGUAGUAGGUAUACUGUACAUGUUAAUGUAUUUCUCCUGUUCCUCAAGAGUGAUAGCACCUGCUAGAUCAUUUAGAGUGUUUAAUCCUACUGCAUUCCACAGGUAUUUCUUAUCUGCUAAAAUAUGUGUAUGUGACCAAUAAAAUAGAGUUUGAUUUGAUGACUGACAAAGUCAUGAAUCGUGAAAUGCUCUAUCAUGUCUAAUUGAUUCAUAUGUUGUUAUCUAUUUGGUGUCAUUGAAGUGUCUCUCCAGAGUCUUACCAAGCACAACCCUCCCUGUAAACCACAUUUCCCUCUUUGUGAUCAAUAUUUGAUCAAAUUAGAGUUCCUUUUGUCAUUUUGUGACCAAAAAAACAAUGUGAACAUACUUUUGUAUUUGUAUCUUUGUGUUUGGAUGUUUGAUUGAACAUUAUUUUAAGUCACUUGGUGACGGGUGUAGACACGAUUUACGUGUACGACUCUUUUAAAGCUAUAGGAUACAGCCAAAUGAUAACCUAGCCUACAGGAACAACUGGAUGAUCAUAUACUGAAUGUGAUUGGUCUGAUGAUGUGUCCGUCAGGAGAAGAUAUCCUCCAAACCUCCAGUCUUGUGAAUGUAAAACCACACCGUUGGAUUCUUGUCUCGUAUGCCAGGAAUACUCGUGUAAAGUGCAGAGUUUUGUGUAAAAUAAAUUUCAGGUUUAUCAA